CUAGGAAUCCCACCUGCCUUCAGAGGGAUUUUCAUCGGCGAGACAUCCUGGAAAAGGACUUCCAAGUCCAAAGAUGUCCUAGCACCUGCAUCUCUGCCUGCUUCUCUCUUACGGCAUGGUGAGCUGCCUGAGUCUCAGAGAUCCUUCUGUCACUCCUCAGCCAGUGACUAAAACUGUACCUGAAUGCAGAUUAGCCUUUGAGAGGAGGAAGGAGACAUUCUGUACUUGGAGAGGACAGUAAAGUUCUGCCACGGCAAUGCAGGUCAUCAGACAGCCACACUGCCACCUCCUCCCAAUCCCGAUUUCCCUGUUGGAUGGGAGAGGCCAUGUUAUUUUCCUGUGUCCACUAUAACAGAUUCCCACAGUGGCUGCAAACCGAACAGAUUCAUUCUCUUGCAGUUCUGCAUGUCAGAGGUCCCAAGUGCAUCACAGGCCUAAAUAUGUACUAGUCACAGUGCUCUUGACUCUAGGAAGAAUCCAUUUCUUCCCUUUCCAUCUCUUCAGAUUCUCUGCACUCAUUGGCUUGUGUUUCUUCCUGUAUGUUUAAAACCAACAAAGUAAUACUGUUUGUCUGAUCUUUUUUCUGCCUUCUCUCUCUCUGCUUUCCCGCCUCCUUCAUCUUCACACCUCUGCUUCUGUCAUCCACAUUUUCUUCUCUAACUCUGACUCUCUUGCCUCAUUUUUUAAGGUACUCUGUGAUCCAGCCUGUGUAAUCCAGGACAAUCCCCUCAUCUAAAUGUCCAUACCUUAAAUCCAUGCGCAGAAUUCCUUUUGCAAAAGAAGAGAAUACACAGGCAACUUCUGGGGCUUACGACUUGUACAACCCUUUUUUCUCUUGGCAGCUAGAAGUUAUUAAUCUGUCUUCCACGAGGCCCAAAACCCAAAGGCUCCCUCUAAUUCUAUUUUUUCACAUAGCACAGACUCGAUGUCCAUAUCCCCAUCUCAGCCCAUAGACACCCUUUCCUACUUUGAGUACAGGGAGAUCACACACAGAAAUCUCAAAAUUGGUUUUAGGGAGUUAUAUUUUAUUCUGUGUCAGUGGGGAAAGGAAGCUGUCCCUUCUCGUAAAAAGGAAGCAUUCUGUAUACAUUGCUUUGUAACUUGGGAUGUUUGUUUGUUUUUUAUUUAAACUUAUUGGAGAUAGUAAUUUCUGCCAGUACCUAGAGAUGUUUUCGUAUGUGUUUUUGUUUUGUUUUGUGUAUUUCUUUUUCAUGAAGAUGUCUCAUAGUUUAUGUCUCCUUUUGAUAGUUAUUUGUGUUAUUUUCAGCCUUUUGCAGUUAUAAACAGUGCCACCAGUGAAUAAUUUUGCAUGUAACUUUCCGACCCUGUAUGUCUUUGAGCUGAUCCCUGAAAGUGGGUUCAACGGGGAAAGAGUAACUGUGUUUGCACUUUGACCUGAUGUUGACAGGUUCCUCCGGUAGGAGCCAUGCCCAGCCCGGUGGGAGACAGCCUCUCCCUGCGGCCUCAUCAGCAGAGAUUAUGGUCCUUGUGUCUUCGCUGACCGGACAAACGGGGGGUAGUUCCAGUGCAGCUGUAACCCACAUCUUGUUACUGUGCAUGAGCCUCAGGGAUCCUGUCCAGGGUGUCCUGGAGAUGAUGGUAGUGGACACCAGGUGGUGCUGGGUCAGAGAGGGGACGUGAGGAAGGGCAGCACAGUGAGAACUUUGGUAGGGAUGAGGGAUCGAGACUGGGCAGUAACGGAAAGAAAAACUGUGCUCAGAGAAUAGGUUAAUUUCACUACUGAAAAUCCUGGGUCUCAAAAUUCUGGGUCUCAAGUGGCGAGAGGAAGCACUUGAAAGGAAGGAUGGAGAACAGCAGCUCCUAGGAAAUGAGGAAUGGACCGCAGGAUGGAGCUGCCACAAAGGGGAGGCAGCGCCUUGUCCAACAGAGGACGGCAGAGCCCACGUGGAAUUUGCUUGGUGAAACUGGAAGGUGGAUUCCUGCUUGAGGAGUAGAACUAGGCCAUCUGAGAGCGAGAGUGCUGCAGCCCCCAUCCCAAGUGAGCGCCCGGUGGUCUAUCUCCUCCCGCUGGCCUGGUGUCCAGGAGCUUUGCUGUGGGAGUCACAGGAUGGCAGCUGCUGUCCUGCCCCUCACAUGUGCUCAGUCCUCCCUGUACCCAGCCUCUGCUCAGAAAGCCCACAUCGGGAAGGAGAGACUCGUCAGUGAGUUCCUGACAUGCUGGUUGCGGGACCUGGUGACCUUUGAGGACGUGGCUGUGGACUUCACCCAGGAGGAGUGGGCACUGCUGGACGCAUCCCAGCGGUCGCUGUACAGGGAGGUGAUGCUGGAGAACUGCAGGAACCUGGCCUCACUCGGAUGUCAUGUUGAUAAACCCAGCCUGAUCUCCCAGCUGGAGCAAGAAGACCAAGCAAUGACGGAGGAAAGGGGAAAUCUCCCAGGCACCUGUCCAGAUUUGGAGACUGUACUGAAAGUCAGAUGGCUAACACCUAAGAAGGAUGCUUUUAGAAGAGAACAAGUAAAAGCUGUAAAAAUGGAGAGAAGUCGUCGUGGAGUGAAAAUCAAUGAAUGUAAUCAGUGUUUUAAGGUCUUCAGCACAAAAUCUAACCUUACUCAGCACAAGAGAAUUCAUACUGGAGAAAAGCCCUAUGACUGUAAUCAGUGUGGGAAAUCCUUCAGCAGUAGAUCUUACCUUACUAUUCACAGGAGAAUCCAUAAUGGUGAGAAACCCUAUGAAUGCAGUCACUGUGGCAAAGCCUUUAGUGAUCCUUCAUCCCUCAGAUUGCACGUGAGAAUUCACACCGGAGAAAAGCCCUAUGAGUGUAACCAGUGUUUUCACGUCUUCCGCACGAGCUGUAACCUCAAGAGCCACAAGAGAAUCCAUACGGGGGAAAAUCACCAUGAGUGUAAUCAGUGUGGAAAGGCCUUUAGUACAAGGUCCUCCCUGACUGGACACAACAGCAUUCAUACAGGGGAGAAACCUUAUGAGUGCCAUGAUUGUGGGAAGGCCUUCAGAAAGAGCUCCUAUCUGACACAGCAUGUUAGAACACACACAGGAGAAAAGCCCUAUGAGUGCAGUGAGUGUGGCAAGUCCUUUAGCAGUAGCUUUUCUCUAACAGUGCAUAGGAGAAUACACACUGGAGAGAAACCUUAUGAAUGCAGUGACUGUGGGAAAGCCUUUAAUAAUCUCUCAGCUGUGAAGAAGCAUUUAAGAACUCACACUGGAGAAAAACCCUAUGAAUGUAACCACUGUGGAAAAUCUUUCACUAGUAACUCUUACCUUUCUGUGCACAAGAGAAUACAUAACAGGUGGAUAUGAGUUGGGAUAAGAAAUUACUGUAGGAAUUUCUUGGGAAAGCCCUUGUUGACCUCUCAACUUGAGAGAACUCACAACAGAUAUACAGGUUAUCUGUUGCUGCUUUAAAAAAAUCAUCCCUCCAAACUUGGUGGCCCCCAGAAGUUCAGUGUGUCACAGUUUCUGUAGACCAGGAAUUCAGGAACAGCUUAGCUCUGUAGUUAUGGUUCAGGAUCUCACAUGAGACUGUAGUCCAGAUGUCAGGGAGAGCUGUGGUCAGCUGAAGCCUUCACUGAUGAAAGAUCUGCAUCCAUGUGGCUUCCUCUCAUGCCUGGAAAAUUAGUGCCAGUUGUUGACAGGAGACCCUUCUUUCCUCACCAUGUAGGUUUCUCCAGAAGGUGAAGUAUUUUUACAGUAUGGCAGCAGAAUUCCCCCAAACCAAGUGAUGGAAGGGAAAGCCAGUGAAGAAACCAUGGCGUUUCUCAUGACGUCAUCAGAAGGGUGCAUUUUCACAUUUUCCAUAUUAUCCUGGUUACACAGACCAAUCCUGAAACAGUGUACUAGAAGAUUACAGAAAGUGAGUACUAGGAGACAGAUCACUGGAAACCAUCUAGGAAACAUGUUUUGAAAUUAAUGAAAAGCCUUCAGCACAUCCUCAUCCUUCCAAGCAGUAUGAAAUGGUGUUCAGUAAAUUCUCCUGUUAGUUUAAAUUGGAGGGCAAAACCACUGAGUACAAUCAGUGUGAUGAAACUUACAGUUCACUGAGCCUAGUGGCACACUUUUAAGAGUCCCAGCAGUCAGCAGGCUGAGGCAGAAGGAUUGCCGCGAGUUCAAGGCCAGCCUGGAUUAUGUCGCAAGUUCAAGAACAGCCUAAACUACAUAGCAAGAUCCUUCUCAAAAUAAAAAAAAAAAAAACAUAAGACUUCCAACUCAAGCUCAUACUACUAUGCCCAGUGGAACCUGAAGCUUUUCCUUUCAAAAGGAAAGCCUUCAGCCACAGAUCCUUGUGACAGCUUCCACUGGGAAAAGACCCUAUGAAGCUCAUCAGAAUUCAGAAGCCCGAUGUUCAUCCUUUCAGACACACGUGUGAAAGCAGAUGUGGAGAGCGCUAUACUUCAAGUGUUCGUGUUAGUAAGUACACUAUGGUGGGGUGCUAUGUCUGCAGUGACUGUGGGGCAACACUGUACAUUCUCUGCUUCUAAAACGAUGUGAGAAUUUAUUAUGGAGAGAAAGCUGUUGAAUGUCACUGGUAUUGGAAGACUUUCUAUUUUCCCACAUUCAGAAGAAGACUUGUGAAUAUAAAGAAAAGGGGAAAAGCUUUCUAAAAUGCCACUUAGGAAAAACAUGAAGAUUCUCCCCAGAUGUAAAACCUAUGAGUGUGAAUUUUGAAAGCUUUUCAUUGAUGCCUCUCCUGAACACCCAGGUGGUGGAGCAGCCUAGGAAUCCAAUCUAUGGUAGAAUACCUUAGCCUCAGCAUUUCACUGAGGGACUAGGAGAUAACAGAUACUGGGGAGAAAAGUCUAAGUGAAUCUGAAAUUAGCAUCACCAUUUUCUAAUCUGUAGGUUCACCCACUAACUCAUUAAUUUUAGUCUUUGGUUCAUACAAACAUUUUUAUCUGUUCCUCAAAAUAAACCCUAAAUUACCUUCCAAAGCUUGAAUGCAAUCUAUACAAUUUGCUUUUCAAAACCAUCAGUGCAUUGCAUAUCAAGAAAGGUACAGGAUUUCUGAAUAGCCACUGAAUGCAUUUCUUUAGCAUAUGAAAUUAAAUAAUGCCUCUGAUAGUCUUUCAUUCUAGGUUAGUGGUAUUUUUGUUAGAAUGAAUAGACUUCAUUGUACUGUUUCUAUUUUUCUAUAUAAGUAUGAAAAAUACUACUAGCUUCUUUCUCAAUAGUUGUGCCAUCCUUACUUAAAGCAAAAUUUUCAAGUUGUCUUUGAGCAGUAUUGAAAAUAAGCCACCAGGCUUUCUUGACACUCAGGCAGAUCUUGUUCCAUUCUUGUGACUUUGAGAAUUAAUUAGGCAGAAGUCACUUGAGCAAUUGAAGAACCAUCUGACUUGUUUUCGGUUUACAUUAUCGUACCUUAUAAAAAGUGUUAAUGUCUGGAGAAUAAAGAGCUACUCCCCUACCCCACCACCACACACACACACACACACGGACAAAAUCUAUAGUGCAGCAAAAAGCAAAACAACAAAAUGAUUUGAAUUUCCCCAAAGCUGCUGAUUGGCCUUGUCAUCUGUGGACUGCUUAUUAAGACUAUCCUUAUGUGAUUGAAUAAAAGUAAUCCCUAACUGGUUGAA